UUAAAGACCACACUGAGAGUCGGCGAAACAAAGACCCCGAAGUGAGGAAUGGACACAGAUCGGCAGGCGGAGCCGGGCGCGCGCCACCGGCACCCCCUCUGCCACGCCGGCGCCGCCUCUUCCCGCGCGCCAUGUUAGGUUGCGCCCCCCUCCCGGCACCAUGCAGACCCCGGAGGCGAGCUCUGACAGCGCGUCUGCGGUGCCCCUCCAGACUGCAGUCCCCACGCAGCCCUCUGUGACGGCCCAGCAGGUGACCCCACCGGUGCCUGUCCAGCAGCAGGUGCAGACGGUCCAGCAGGUCUCGCACGUGUACCCGGCCCAGGUCCAGUAUGUCGAGGAGUCCAGCGGCGUCUACACCAAUGGGACCAUACGGACCUACUCGUACACGGAGCCGCAGUUAUACAGCCAGAACAGCGGAGGGAGCUACUUCGACACGCAGGGAGGCUCGUCGCAGGUGACGACAGUGGUGUCAUCGCAUGGCAUGGCAGGUGGCGGCGGGGGCGGCGGCGGGCUGUCCAUGGGCCUGACGGGGGGGCAGAUCAUCAGCAGCUCUGGAGCGUAUCUCAUUGGCGGAAACUCCAUGGAAGGAUCUGGCCCUCACCCCCCCACACAGACGAACCGAGCCUCCCCAGCAACCAUUGAAAUGGCCAUUGAGACACUCCAAAAGUCAGAAGGUUUAUCCACCCAGCGGAGUUCGCUGCUCAACAGCCAUCUGCAGUGGCUGCUGGACAACUACGAGACGGCGGAGGGCGUGAGCCUGCCGCGCUCCACACUGUACAGCCACUACCUGCGGCACUGUCAGGAGCAGAAGCUGGACCCGGUGAACGCCGCCUCCUUCGGCAAACUCAUCCGCUCCAUCUUCAUGGGGCUGCGCACACGCCGGCUCGGCACCCGGGGCAACUCCAAGUACCACUAUUAUGGUAUCCGGGUGAAGCCGGACUCCCCCCUGAACCGGCUGCAGGAGGACUUGCAGUACAUGGCGCUGCGGCAGCAACCGGCGCAGCAGAAGCAGAGGUGCCCGGGCGCGGAGAACAGCGUGGCUGUGUCACACGCAGGCAGGGGCUGUAACCCGCCGUCUCCCUGCAGGUUCAAGCCUGUGCAGAAGGUGGACGGCAUGAGUAGUGAGAACUUCUCCGCGGGCGGCCAGCACCCGCCCAGCGCCGCCGAGCAGACGGUCAUCGCGCAAAGCCAGCACCACCAGCAGUUUCUAGACGCGUCCAGGGCUCUCCCUGAGUUCGUGGAACUGGACAUGGGCGACACGAACGUGGACCUCAUCGGUCCAGAGGACGUCAAGGCCCUGCAGGCGCUGUACAGGGAGCACUGCGAGGCCAUCCUGGACGUGGUGGUGAACCUCCAGUUUGGGCUGAUAGAGAAGCUGUGGCAGACAUUCUGGCGCUACUCCCCCAGCGUCUCUGUAGAGGGCGCUACCAUCACAGAGAACAGCGGCGUGAGCGAGAUUGAGGGCCGCCUGCCGCGUGCCCGCCUACUCCAGCUGUGCCGCAGCGAAGCCGUGCUACGCUGGAUGAACGCCUGCGACCACGUCAUGUACCAGGCGCUGGUGGAGAUCCUCAUCCCGGAUGUGCUGAGACCCAUUCCUAGUGCCUUGACCCAAGCCAUCCGUAACUUUGCCAAAAGCCUCGAGGGUUGGCUAAACAAUGCCAUGAGCGCCGUUCCACAGAAGAUGGUCCAAACCAAGGUUGCCGCUGUUAGUGCCUUUGCGCAGACGCUGCGCAGAUAUACGUCCCUGAACCACCUGGCGCAGGCGGCGCGCGCAGUCCUGCAGAACACCUCGCAGAUUAACCAGAUGCUCAGCGACCUCAACCGCGUCGACUUUGCCAACGUGCAGGAGCAGGCCUCAUGGGUGUGCCAAUGCGAGGAGGGCGUGGUCCAGCGCCUGGAGCAGGACUUCAAAGCCACGCUGCAGCAGCAGAGCUCUCUGGAGCAGUGGGCGGCCUGGCUGGACAACGUGGUGACCCAGGUGCUGAAGCCUUACGAGGGCCGGCCCAGCUUCCCCAAGGCGGCCCGGCAGUUCCUGCUCAAGUGGUCUUUCUACAGCUCCAUGGUGAUCCGCGACCUGACCCUGCGCAGCGCCGCCAGCUUCGGCUCCUUCCACCUCAUCCGGCUGCUUUACGACGAGUACAUGUUCUACCUGGUGGAGCACCGCGUCGCCCAGGCGACCGGCGAGACGCCCAUCGGCAUCAUGGGAGAGUUCGCCGACCUCAGCACCAUGUCACCUGCAAACAUCGACAAAGAUGAGGUGAGCGAGAUGGAGAGCGACCUGGAUGAGGACAUGGAGGACUCCGGAGAGCCGUUGGCCAAGCGGGAGAAGGCGGAGACCGAGGUGAUCCAGGUGCUCCAGGUGGGGGCGCUAGAGGAUGGCGGCAGUGCUGUGGUGGGCGUGAUCCAGCCCGACAUGCUCAGCUCGCUGUCCCAGCCCCCGGCCGACCGGGUGGACCACAUCCUGGUACCCGUGGGUGCCACCCCUACCAUCCAGCACUGCAGUGCCACCGGGAACACCUAUGCGUCUGUCUGAAGAUCCCCGCCCCCCCCUGCCCUCCUCCCCCUCUGCGUCUCCGUCUUCUCUCUCGCUCUCUCUCUCUCUCUCUCGCUGUUGGUGUCGGCACCCUCCCUCGCCCGCCGAAGCCGGAGAGGAGCGGCCGCCGUGUCAUUCUGACUGUUUGGCAGAGGCCCUGCUGCAGGUCAUGUGACCAUUAGACGCCCAUCAUGGCUGCAGCCGACGUCGGCUGGAGAUAAACCAAAACCCAGAACCUGGCCAUCCAAACGGGGAUCGGUCUGCAAGUGGGCCAGCUGAGUCUGGUGUCAUAUGACCCAAAUGUCACGUGACUGUAGUAUCACGUGACCAUAUAUAUACAUGUUUCUGUGUUUUGUGUGUGUGUGUGUGUGUGUGUGUGUGUGUUUGAGGGAGGCUGGGAUGAAAAAAGGGCUGUAGAUUUUCAAUGCCCCACUGUAGCUGUGGGGGGG